UUUUGUUUUGAAGUUACAUUCAUGUUAUUCUGCUUUUUACUGUUCCUAUUUUAAAGGAUUCUCUUCAGUUCUUCUUUGCCCGUCAGGAUGCCGAGUAGACGGUACAUGAAUGAGGAUGAGCUUAGGGAAGCUUUAGACUACAUCACAUCUGACCAAGUUAGUGAAAAUGGGGACGAUGACUAUCUUCUUGAUUUGGAGGCACGAGAAGCUGGAUGGAGUUUGUCAGAUGAUGGGUCGGAGGAAGAAAUGGAUGUUGAUUCUGACCCAGAGCUUGACCAUGGGAAUGAGGUUGGUGAUAAUGGCGAUGCUGGAUGAGUCGUUGAAGGGGCUUACGAUGAUAUAUGGCUAAAGGCGUUCAGCGAGAGAGUUGGCACAUUGUUACGGGAACCUGGUAGUGAGGCAACACCUUAUGAGAUCUUUUCUGAUUUUCUUACCGAGGACAUCAUUCAUAAGAUUGUAAUUGAGAUAAAUCGAUACGCUGAGCAGUACUUCGCAAGUAAAGGUGGACAGUAGAGCGAGGAAAUGGAAGCCAGUGAAUGCCGGGGACAUCAAGGCUGUUAUAGGUGUUAUCAUGUACACAGGACUGGCUAGACUUCCUUCCUACGACUUGUAUUGGAAUAAUGACGCGCUUCUAAAUUUAGGGGUGAAAAGGACAAUUUCAAGGGACAGAUUUCUUCAGAUCUCGGCAUUUAUUCACUUGGCAAACAAUGAUGAGGCACCACAGGGAGAUCAGGCUGACAAACUCCACAAGAUACGGCAGGUUAUGGACAUGUUUAUUGAGAGAUGGGGACGGAAUUUUGGCCCCAAUAGGGAGUUGAGCGUCGAUUAGACAGUGAUCGAUUUCAAGGGUCGGAGUCCCAUGCAAAGAUACAAUCCAAAUAAACCUCACAAGUAGGGCAUGAUAGCCUAGAGUUUGUAUGAUUCCAAGACAGGAUAUGUUAUGAACUGGAAGAUUGCUUCAGGAGCAGAUGAAAGACAGAGAACGGAGAAAGAGGAGCUAUGCAUGCUACUGUCUACAACAUAUCAAGGGAUUACCAAAACAUUUGUACAUGUACAAUCUGUUGUCUUCUCCAUCUCUCUUCACAGAACUUGCAAACAACGACACUGGAGCAUGUGGUACACUUCGUACUAAUCGAAGAGGUGUUCCGGAUCAAAUUCAUCGACAUAAGCCGAAGAAGGAUCAUCCUGCUCUUGUCAUGAAGGAAGACCGCCUAACCUACAUAUCCUGGGCAGAUAAGAGACCCGUGAAAGUUGUGAACUCAAUUCACAAUGGCGCAACCUUCCGGAAGCGAGUAAGAUCGAAGCAUGGGGGAAAUAAUAGAAGAACCUAUAUGGGAGGCGUUGACUUAGCCGAUCAGAUGAUGUGGCAUUCCCUGAAUAUCCAUAGAUCAUGUAAAUGGUGGAAUAAAAUCUUUUUAGCUGUUUUGGAGGUGUGUUUAUGUAAUACUAUGAUCAUUGUGAGGGCAUUGAACAAUGCCAAGCCAGCAUAGCAACAGAAAACAGUUGACGUAAACAAGGCAAGGCUAAGUGUUAUCCGGGGUUUGCUUGAGUGAUAUGAAAGAUCGCCACGCCCAGGGCCAAGACUUAUCGAACACCAACCGAUCAGUAGGCUGACAGAAAGGCAUUUCGUUGGGAUCGACCCCAAAAGAGACAGGCUAGGUAAACCCUGUCGUUUUGGACUGCAUCGUUUGUUCCAGUCGCAAAGAAGGUGAGACGCGUCACAGAACCUCAGUGGUCUGCAAUGACUGUGGAAAUGUUCCGAUGUGCGAGUUUCCUUGCCACAGGGUAUAUUAUACCCGCAAGAACUUCAAGGUCAAGUGUACCCCUCAACUUCAUGUACCACAGGUAUAGACCAUAAGAAGGACUCAAUAUGAAUGGACGUUUGCUAAUAUUUAGUGUUGAUAUUGUAUUUUAUUGUAAUAGGAGUGGGCUUUAAAUGGGUGAUGCUUGGUUUUACUGUGGCAACAGUUUUUUGCGUUCCUUUUACCUUAUCUCAACAUGAAAUGACAAUAUUUUUUGUCUCGGAAAAGUGUGCCAAGGCAAAAUCCAAAAUGGCUGCCAAAAUCACAUUUUUGGCUACAACUUUUUUAUUUGGUGGUUUUUUUUUCUGGUUUUGGUGUCUAUUCAUAUGUUGCGAGGGGCAGGUAAUUUCCUUUUCCAAAAAAUAGUACUUUUAAAUCAUUAUUUGUAGAGUUAUAAGGUCAUUUACAAUUUUUUUACGCCUUUUUUCACCCCGAAAGUAGGAUUCAUCGUCUUGUGGUUUGUGGAUACUAGACCAUACCAGGUGAACAGUAACAAGCAGCUUAUAUAGCCCUAUCCUUUUAUUCCUCUAAAUUGGGCUUUACGGAUAUUUGCAAAAUAUAUCUUGUCAAAUAAAAAUAAAAUGUAAUUUAUCCGUAGGGGCUAUACGGUAUGCAAUGCACUGUACAUAUGACACUGCAUAUAUCCAUGCAUUGACCACCAUGACAUAUGACAAGGCCUGUAUAUAAACUACAGUGUCAUAGAAGUGAGCUCCUGAAGUUUAGAAUUAGAUUAUGAAUUGUAAAUUUGAUUGCUAGACUGCC